AUGAAUAGCGGAAGGGGAGAUGACAAUGGGAAUAACAAUGAUGAUUCCACCAUCGCGAACGAGAGUAUUUCUGGAAGUAAAUCCAACAGGCUGCUUGAAAAUCUGUUCAGGGCAAUGGUAGUAAAAGAAGCUUUAACUCCAGAACCUUUAUUUUAUCACUUCCCAAUGUUUAUUAAUAAUCCAAACUUAACUAAUAUCUCGACCUUAGCACUUGCAUUCCUGACCUCUAUUUUUUUAUUUGUAAUAUGGAAAGAAAGAGCAACUUCCAAGAUGGGCAGAGAGAGGCGCCCUUCUUGUCAAGCCCUAAGAAAUAAUUUUAAAAAGUCUAAACGUUCGUGGUACUUGGCAUUUUCCCUCUCUUUUGUGAUUCUAACUUACCUGAUUUGGAAAAUUCAAUUGCUACCUUCAAAACAUGAAACUUCCGGCUCAAGGAUGAUAAUACAGUUCAUUGUACUGGACUUUGGCAUAAUACUAAUCAAUGCAAUAGUAGCAAAAAGUUUUAGAGUGUAUUAUUUGCACCACGGUCCUGAUGUGAGUGGUUAUGAUUUUAGUUUGAGCAAUGAACAGAUGUGUUAA